GAACAUGUUUGGGCUUUCUCUCUAUAGGCCCAAAAAAGGGCCCCACUGACGGCGCCCUCCAAUCUCAUCUUUGGGAAAACCCAAGUCAUUACGAGAGCAAUGCCAUCCUUAUCGUCGCCUCAAUUGUGGGUCGUAUCUUGCUAUCUAAGCUCAGGGACCCCCGAGUACGUUUCUUUUACAGGGUUGAUGCGUGCGAAUUCGGAGCUGAGUGACUUGCUUGACGUGCAGGAUGAGUGUUGAUCGGGACAUAUAUCUAUGCAUAUUUCCCCGCCAUGGAUGACAGUGUUUUAUAGUACAGAUACACUAAGCUUUUGUUUCGAGUGCAUUGCAGGCACAUUUUUUUUUCUCCUAAACGGUAUACAUUCUUCUACAUCGACAAUUGUCUAGUCUCGGCCUUCUCUUUUCAUCUUCAUCGCCUCUAUCGGCUGAAACACCGUACCCCUCUAACCAUGUCGGAAGGGGUGGCCACUUUCGAAGCGCCCUUGUCGCAGGGCUUUGGAUAUGGUAUUAUCCUCGGUCUGGGAUUUGCUUUCGCAUUGGUCAUGAUCUUUAUUACAUGGGCAUUGAAACGCUAUCAGAAUGAAGUCCAAACGUCUGAAAUGUUCUCGACUGCAGGGCGGUCCGUCAAAUCUGGUCUAGUUGCUGCUGCAGUCGUGAGUAGUUGGACUUGGGCUGCAACUCUUCUUCAGUCUUCCGCCGUGGCAUACAAAUAUGGAAUCUCUGGUCCUUUCUUCUAUGCAUCUGGCGCAACGGUCCAGAUCCUCCUCUUCGCAACCAUCGCCAUUGAGCUCAAGCGUCGUGCCCCGAACGCUCACACCUUCCUCGAAGUCAUUUGUGCUCGCUAUGGAACCACCGUUCACGUCGUCUUCAUCGUAUUCUGUCUCAUGACCAACAUUCUUGUCACUGCUAUGCUGCUCACUGGUGGGUCGGCUGUUAUGACAUCCCUUACUGGAGUACCCACUGCAGCUGCGUGCUUCCUGCUUCCCAUUGGUGUCGUUCUAUAUACAUUAUUCGGUGGUAUCAAGGCUACCUUCAUCACGGAUUACAUGCAUACCGUGGUUAUCCUGGUUGUGAUCUUCCUGUUCGCUUUCUCGGCAUAUGCGACCAACGCCGAACUCGGCUCUCCGAGCAAGAUGUACGAUGCUCUUGUCGCGGCCGCCAAGGCGCAUCCCGUCGAAGGCAAUGCGGAGGGAAGUUAUCUCACCAUGAGAUCCAAGGAAGGUGGCAUCUUCUGGAUUAUCAACUUGAUUGGAAACUUCGGCACCGUCUUCCUCGAUAACGGUUACUACAACAAGGCCAUUGCUGCGAGCCCCGUACAUGCAUUCCCUGGAUAUGUGAUCGGUGGACUCUGCUGGUUCGCCAUCCCCUGGCUGUGCGCCAGUACUAUGGGUAUCUCGGCGUUGGCUCUCGAGGGCUCUCAGCGCAUGAGCAGUGAUGAUGUGACUGCUGGUCUGGUCCUUCCUUUUGCCGCCGUCAAGCUUCUCGGCUACAGCGGUGCCGUCGCCACGACUUUGAUGAUCUUCAUGGCUGUGACAUCUGCCUUCUCGGCUCAAUUGAUUGCAGUCUCUUCGAUUUUCACCUAUGAUAUUUACCAGGCCUAUAUCGAUCCCUCUGCCAAGGGCAAGAGGCUCGUCUGGAUCUCGCAUUUGUCCUGCAUUGUCUACGCUAUUAUCAUGGCUGGUUUUGCUACUGGGCUGUACUAUGCCGGUAUUGGUAUGGGAUACCUCUAUCUCCUCAUGGGUGUAAUUAUCUCGUCUGCAGUGUUCCCUGGUGCCAUGACUCUGCUGUGGAAGGGCCAGAACUGGAUUGCUGCCGCUGCGUCGCCGCCUCUCGGUCUGGUGGUGUCCCUGAUUGCCUGGUUGGUGACCGCAAAGAAAGAAUACGGUGUUUUGACCGUGGAUACGACUGGUGCCAACUACCCCAUGCUCGCAGGCAACGUCGCUGCUCUUCUCAGCCCCGUCGUUUUCGUCCCCAUCCUCACCUUCGUCUUCGGCUCUCAGAACUACGACUAUGAGUCUAUGCGCGCUAUCCGCAAGGUCGACGACACCGAAGUUGCCGCAGCCGCGCAUAUCGAUCUUGAACUCGUACCCGGCGAGGGCCACGGUGCUUCCGCAACCGAAGAAGAAGAAGAAACACGCAAACUCAACCGUGCGGCGUUCUACUCGCGCACGCUGACCAUCUUCAUGACUCUUGCCUUACUCAUCCUGUGGCCCAUUCCCAUGUACGGAUCAUCAUACGUAUUCAGUAAGAAGUUCUUUACUGGCUGGGUUGUGGUCGGAUUAAUUUGGCUGUUCUGCACUCUCUUUGGUGUGGUCGUUUUCCCGCUUUAUGAAGGUCGUGAGAGUAUUGUGCGUGUUGUGCGGAUGAUGAGCCUCGAUGCUACGGGCCGCAAGCCGACGCUGUACCGGGGCCACAAGACUGAUGGCGCGCAGGCUUCUGGUAUUGCGACACCCACGGAGAAGGUUGGAGAGAAGGAUAAGGGGGCGCUUGAUGCGUCUGCUUAAUUAGAUGAGGCCUUAUAGUGUCUGCUUGUUCGGGUCUGUUCUUAUGAGCCCAUACGUUAUCUUAUACCCCUUACUAUGAUAGUCGAUUUAUAAUGACAAGAUUGUUAACAAUGUGAUUGAUUCCGAAGAAAAAAACAGAGUUCCCAGAUACGAUAAAGUGGAUGACACCCUGAAAAACAGAAAACCUUGGCGCCAUAGAGUGCUUUGAAAAAGAAAAAGGGAAUUUAAAGAAAAGUGCUGCUUAAUGCCAUACUGCUUCGUUUUGUGGUCUGAAGGGCACCUUGGGUAGUGCCUCUUCAGGCAAAAUGGGAAAGCGAACGAGUCUCAAUUCGAGCAUCACUUGUAACUCUCGGGCUCUUGCUGAGCCCCAUGAGCUACUGGUGGCGACUGCAACUGAGGUUGCUGUUGCUGUUGCUGCUGCCAUUGAGCGCCAGGGGGAGGCUGGGGGCCCCAUUGCAUGUGUGGUGGUGGUCGUGUCUCAGGGGUAAUGUCGGGC